AUUGCUCCAAAUUAUAAAUAGAGCCAUACUUGUAGACCACACAACUCAUAACCCAGUGAUUGACUCUUACACUUCUCCUUAGUAAUUAGUUUCAUGAGAAUAAAAUAGUUUGUAGUAGAAGCCAUGGCCCUUGAUCUUCUUCUUCUUCUUCUUCCUCUUCUCUUUAGCUGCUUCCUUGUUAGCUCAGGUAGGAGAAGCAUCAUCACAAGCCUCCCAGGUUUUGAUGGGCCUCUGCCCAUUUCCCUGGAGACUGGGUAUGUGGAGGUGGAUGAGGAGAAUGGGGUGCAGCUUUUCUUCUACUUCAUAGAAUCGGAGAGAAAUGCUCAGGAGGACCCUCUCAUGCUGUGGCUCACCGGAGGCCCCGGCUGCUCCGCCUUUUCCGGCCUGGUCUACGAGAUCGGCCCUCUUAGCUUUGAUGUUGAAGGAUACACACAAGGCCUCCCAACUUUGUUGUACAACCCACAUUCUUGGACCAAGGUGAGCAGCAUCAUCUUCCUUGAUUCCCCAGUGGGGACUGGGUUCUCCUACUCUGUGUUGGAGGAGGGCUACAACUCAAGUGACACAAAAGCUGUUGACCAAAUCCUCAUCUUCCUCAAAAAGUGGUUUUUGGACCAUCAAGAAUUUAAGUCAAAUCCUCUUUACAUCGGCGGCGAUUCUUAUUCUGGCAUGAUUAUUCCGGCUGUCACUCUAGAAAUCGCAAACAGAAAUAAGAAGCUGAGUGAAGAGACACUUCUGAAUCUCAAGGGUUAUCUGGCCGGCAAUCCAGUAACUGACAAAGAGUUCGACAAAGGAGCGAAAGUACCAUUUGCUCAUGGGAUGGCGCUUAUUUCUGACGAACUUUAUGAGUCAGCAAAGGAAAGUUGCGGCGGAAAAUAUACUGCUCCGGGAAAUGCACAAUGUGCGAACUAUCUCCAGGCCGUGGAUGAGUGUACAAACGGCAUCAAUGAAGGCAAUAUUUUGGAGCCGAAAUGCGAGUUCGCGAGCCCGCAUCCUUUGACAGUUUCCGCCGAGAGAAGGAAAAUGCUAGAAGAGCAAUUUGAAGAACUCUCUUUGCUGAAAUCUAGCAUCCCUAAAUAUUGUAGGACUUAUGGGUACUUGCUAUCCAAAUAUUGGGCAGACAAUGAUACAGUGAGAGAGGCUCUCGGCAUUCGUAAGGGAACGGUUCCUUCCUGGAAAAGGUGCAAUUAUGAUUUACCUUAUACGAAAGAUAUCCCGAGCGCAGUAGUAUAUCAUCUCAAGGUGACAACGAAAGGUUACCGGGCAUUGGUUUACAGUGGCGACCACGACUUUGUGAUACCGUUUCUGGGCACUCAAGCAUGGAUCAGGUCUCUGAAUUUCUCAAUAGUGGACGAGUGGCGACCGUGGUCCGUAGAUGGCCAAGUUGCAGGAUUCACGAGGAGUUACUCGAACAACCUCACAUUUGCAACCGUAAAGGGUGCAGGACACACUGCUCCAGAAUACAAGAGAAAGGAAAGCCUCAGCAUGCUGGAAAGAUGGUUAUCUGGUGUUCCUAUAUGAUACUGACACAUACUGUAGAUCUAAUUUGGGAAUGUUAUACACUUAUUAUACUUCUUACUAAGAUUUUACUGGGGCUACUCCUUUUCAUUUGUAAAGUUCAUAAUUCCCCUUUGCUGGGCAUAGGAGAGCUCUCUGUAAUCUCCUACUAAGUGGAACAAAGCGUUAAAGCGCAAUAAAAGAUCACUUAUCCUUUGAGGACCAUUACCUCCUUUGAAA